AUGGAUUCUCUUCGAACUGCAUGCACAGAUCCAGAGUCCCUGUUCAGUCUCCCAGUGGAGGGUCUUUUACAUCUAGUUCACAACGCGUUUCCUGAGGACAUCGACCGCUUGCAGCGUGCAUACUCUAUCCGUGGCUCUUGCUGGAACCCCCCCGCGACUCCAUCACCCUCGUAUAUUCUGUAUGGAGAGAACUAUGAUGAGGUUAAUCGAACACUAAUUGGCUUUCUAGCUUUGUGUUGGAUUCAUAAGGGAGAAUAUGAAUCCUUUAUCGGAUCCCAUCCUUCAGAAGCCCGGCUGACUAGAGCAUCAUUUGAAUGGAUCCGUAGCUUCUAUACGCAGACUGUCGUUACUCCCAACGAUCUUUUUACCCUUAUCGUCUCCAUUAUUGUCAAUGAUCUGGGAAAGGAUCCUCAACUCGCAUCCGACUAUCACGAACUCACUGGCGAAGACAUCUCUGAUCUCAACCACGACGCUAUUCUCCUCAAGGCAUGCAGCGCCGGCCUGGUCAAGUCAUUAGCAUCCCUAUCUAUACAGGAUAAAAACGACGUUGUCCGUUCACUGCAUCUUGGAGCGUCUUUUAAUUUUGGCCAACUGGCACAAGCAGAAAAUGCCCCCGCAUGUCUGUCGGGUCUACUGCAGAUGAAAGGGCGUCCCCGCAGCUUUCAGCUCCGUUUCUUAGAACAGCUGCUAGAUAUAGCCGGUGCAGCGGGUCAUAUGGACUGGACCUGCGCGAAGAAACUCAAUCAGCCGAUUUUCGACGCGUAUAGAAACGUCUACGAUGCUUGUCAGGGUGUCAUUACGGGCAGUCUAGAUCUGCGCGCUGCAUACGAUUUAGUUCUUUUCAGAAGGGUUGGACUUCUCGAAAGCAGGGGAUAUCGAAAGCUCCAAGUAGAAGAGAACGAGGACGACCGGGCGCUGACGCGGCUGCUGUGCAUGGGCGGGGUGGGAGAUCUAGAGACUGCACGCCUAUAUGAGAAUGCAUGGCGACAUCUCGAGAAGCCCAUACGAGACAAUUUAGUGCAUUCCUUAAAUGUUGAUGGCUCAAAGGUCGAGCCUGCCAUUCAGCCAACGUACAUGCCGGCUCUAAUAAGCCGCGCAAAGGACGAGAAAUCGCUAACUUGCGUAAUGGUGUAUCUUGCCCGCGUCAUGAGCGCGACAAAUAUUGCAUAUUCCUCCUCGGCAGUGGUUAUCGAACGGAGUGUCUUGGGCAUAAUGAAGAAAAAUGUGGAGAACGGCGAGUUUGAGCAGGAUCCUGCAGUUUUGGAGGGUGUAGAUGUGCCUCCUGCUGCUGUCGCUUUGAGUGAGCAAGACUCAUGGCGAUGA